AUGACAUCCCCCUCCUCAUCCACAUCUGCUCUCGCGCCCCUCUUACCGCCAAAUCUGUAUGAGCUCUCGCCUACCAUCCAUAGAUGGUGCGCAUUGCGGUGCGCGGAUAUCGUUUCUCUGAGUACUAGGGGGGUAUAUUUUGAAGAUAAACUCAUCCACCACUACCUCAACCAUCCCAUCCGCUACAUAAAACUCAUCGGGCUGAUCGUCUCCAUCGAUACUUUUGCGCGUCGGCGCGUCUACACUAUCGAUGAUUCAAGCGGCGUGUGUAUAGAAUGCGUUGCCAUCUUACCUCUUCCUCCCUCAGGAAACCCUCCUACCUCUCAUGUCGAGCCCCCUCUCAACAAUCCCCCCAACACCCCCUCCCUCACCACGCCCCAAAUCCCCUGGACCGAAAUCUCCGAAUGCAAAGUCGUGCGCAUCCUGGGGAUCAUGGGUUCAUACAUGCAAGUUCCGCAACUACAGAUUGUCAAGAUGGGGAUAGUAGGGAGUACGGAUGUGGAGAGGAAAUGGUGGGAUGAGUGUCGAGAACUGAAGGAUCCGGAGAGGGGGGUAUUGGGGAGGGAGUGGGUGGUGGGGAAGGAGGAGAUGGAGAGGUGGAGGAGGAGGGAGAGGAGGAGGAAAGUGAGGGAGGAGGAGAAGAGGGGUAGGGGGAGAGAUAGAGAUAGAGGGGUGGUGAAGAUGAAGAGGGAUGCUGGGAGGAGAGAGGAUACAGACAGAGUUGAAGAAAAACGAGAGCUGGCGAGGAAGAAAUUAGAAAAUUCCCAACCACGUCCUUCAUCAACCAACUCCACCUCUACAUCCAACUCCCACCCCUCCCGUCCUCCCCACGAAACCUCCCCCCACAAACCUCUCCCCCGUCCGCCCAUCAAAAAAAGAUUCAUCCCCACUACCCUCCCCGACCUAUCCAACUACGAUACUUUUGGCUACUAA